AGAUCGGCAUUGCGCCCCUUUCUGUUCCCGCUCUGCCUCCGACCUCUUCCAUUUCCAUCCUAGUCCCCAGCAGUCACACUCACUCUCACUCCCACCACUCCAAUCCAUCCCUCGCCCAGUCGCUUCUCAAACGAAACGCAGUGAGCGCUGAGUGCCCCUCCCCGCACUUGACCCCUGCCGCGCGUGCCUACAUACAAGCACACACUUUCCUGACCUCAGCCUCAUCCACUUUCCUUCCUUCCUGCUUCUGUCAUCGCUUUGUUCUUUUUCAACAAAACUGUCUCGGGUCCCCCCCUCUAUUCUCAUUCGCCUCUCGUCCCGAGUGCGCUUUUUCUUCCAUCCCGUCUCGUCUUCGGGCAAAGCAAUAUAGACAUAGUAGCCGACGCCGCCAUCCGCUAUCAUGGCUGCAACAUUUCGUCCCGUCAAUACGCCUCUGUCGCCCUCGGCCGACUCGCCAAUGGUGAUGGACUCGACAACAAUAACGUCACCAACCACACCCAGACCUAGCACUGCCCCGAGUCAGUCGUCGUCAUCCCGACAUUUGGACGACAGCAACCACCACCCCGUGACGACGACGACACCCACUCGCACAACACCCAACUAUGGAGCCGGCGCACUGGCCUCGCAACAGCCGCUCCCCACGUCGCCCUUCCCCGACUCCGUUCAGCUCCCCGACAUCACCGACCGUGGCAACAGCAUGCCCAGGCGAGAAAAUUCGCAGCACUCACGCAAGUCCAAGGACUCGGACGACAUGGAUAUGGAUGAGUCGGAUGGCGAGGGAGCGGGUGAAGACGGCCAUGCAUCGGACGAUGAGGAGAUCAACGCGGAUGGCACAAAGUCCAAGAAGAAGAAGUCGCAGAGGUUUUAUUGCACAGACUAUCCGCCAUGUAACCUCAGUUUCACGAGAAGUGAACACUUGGCACGACAUAUCAGGAAACACACUGGUGAAAGGCCGUUUCAGUGCCACUGCGGUCGCCGCUUCUCCCGUCUCGACAACCUCAGGCAGCAUGCCCAAACCGUGCACGUCAACGAAGAGAUCCCCGGAGAUUCGCUCGCCGCGACCGGGACAAGGUUCCAGAGGCAGAUCAGGACGGACAGGGUACGCCAAGCGGGUGGCAGGGCCAGGGCGGCUACCGCGGGUAGCGUCAUGCCCGUCGUGCGUGGCCAUUCCAAGUCCAUGUCCACGUCAAGCAUUCCCAACAUUAGCCAGCUAGGUGCUCCCUAUGGUGCCAGCGAUGCCCGCCGCCGCCCGCCGCCAUUGGUCAUGGCCGAUCCUCGCGCGAGGGUGUCGAUGGAAUACCAUGGUCCCGAUGGUGCCUAUCACCGGGGUGCUUCUCCGAGCGACUUUGGCACUCCCACUUCUGCCACCUUUUCGACCGGGCAGAACAGCCCCCGAUGGGGGCCCGGUAUGGUAUCGCCAAACUCUUCACACUCGCGCUCGCACAGUAUGUAUGUCGCCGGGGCUAGGACACCUGGCCGUCGUCUGAGCGUGCCUUCGGGAGGCAACCCGUUUCAGUCACCGCACGGCAGCAACGUUCGGGGUCCUCUCUUCGGUCCUUCCGGCAUCAACACAUCCAACAACGGUGCCUUCUCGCCAAGUCAGAGCACCCUGCUGGCAUCGCCCACGGUGUCGAACGCGAGUGGCUGGUCGCGGCGAGAUUCUCUGUCGAGCGUGGCUGAUGAUGCCUGGCGUCGGCGAACUUGGCAUCCGGAAAGUCGUGAAUUUAACAACGGCGUCAGCCGGUUGCGUGAAGUGAUCACGCCUUCGCAGUUUACCCAUGCUCCUCCCCCCAUUGCUAACCCAGCCAACCAAUCGCCACAGCCAUUCCGUUUGCCUGGAAUCGAAUCCUUUGACGAACCCCAUCGGCCGCUGUCGCCUCCCCGCCGUUUGCCAUCACCGAUGAUGGUUGAUGCUCCCCGGCCUGCUCAGCACCAACCCCCUCACCCGAACGAGAUGGGCUUCAACCGACCCCGCGAACUGUCGGCCCAAUGGGAUACGAGCCUCCACCGUGGCUUGACGGGGCUCAAUAUCAACACACAGACCCCGCCUCGCGAUGGGGCUUCAGCAUGGGCAAACGACGUCAAUCAUGCCGUCAUGUCGCAAGCAGACCGUACCCGGGCCCCUCAGGGCCAACCAGGGGCGUAUCAGCAGACGGUGCGGUUCGAUACCGAGGUGCAGACCGUUCCUGCCCCUCUGUCUCGCCAGCACCAACAUCAGCAGCCAAGCGGACCACCACCUCCACCGUACGGAAGGGGUCAUCACCAUACCAUGUCGGCUCCGUCGAUUACUUCACAGCCUACCAAGAGACAUGGCUGGUAUCACGGGUCGAGUGGGCCGGCCGGAGAGACGAUUCACGAGGGACGGGCGCGCGUGGACAGGAUCAUGCAUCCUAAUGUGGCGGCUUUUCAGGGUUUUCCUGCUAGGGACCGGGAACAACCACCGCAGCAGCAAGCGCCAUCUCCACAGCAUCAUCACCAAGGAUACCAGCAGCAGCAGCAGCAUCAGCAGUAUCAACACCAAGGGCCACCGGUAGGACAUCAGCAUCAGCAAGGAGGGGGACCACCGACGAUGGAAAGGAUUCUGGAGAAGCCACAUCCAAAUGCGCACGCGCACGGGCACCCCGCCCACGCUCAUCCGCAUCAACACCCGCACGGUCCUCCAGCUGGCGGGGAUACGGCAUCGCUUAGGAGGCUGGAGGCGUUGGUGGCUGUGGCUGUGGGUUCGAGUGAGGGGACUACAGCUGCUGCUUAUUAGGGUGGGCAGGAGCGGGCGCAUGACUAUAAAUUCGCACCCAUGGCGUUUCCAGACAACAUUGCAAACUUACACGGCGAACGAGAAGAUGAGGAAAGUACUCAGCAACGAAGUACAAUGAGAAGAAG